ACUGUCACUGUCAUGACUCUAGACUCUUGUCUAAAUAACACGAUAAUAGUUUGAACUUGUAAAUAAUAAAAGAAAACUAAUUCCAAAACGUUUCUUUUCUCGAACAUGGAUAAAUAGCUGAAUUUUUAAUGAUGCCUAAAAUUAACAUGUGUAAAAAAAUAAACUUAGUUUUAUUGAUUGUGCUUGCCGGCAUAUCAUUAUCUGUACAGUAUGAUAUGGACGAAGAAGUUGCCAUCGAUGUUCCCAGAGAAGAGGAUAUGGAAAUGGAAACUGUCGACGAUUCAGAAUCAUUACUUUCGAAUGUUGUGUCCGAUGUUAAUCGAACUUUAUCCAAUCUGUAUUUCCAUGUUACCUCUAGUAAUGCAACUGUAGAGAAUAAAACCCAAGCUCUGAAUGAAACUAAAAAACUUGUUAAGUGCAAAAAUAUUAUGUAUGAAAGUGAAGAUAUUGAACCAUUAGUUGAAAUUGUCAAUGGCAGUAACUUGGCUAAAUUAUUGCAAGUGAAACCGGACAUAUCAGGGCGGGAUGUAGACGCUGAUUGUGUACUAGUUUUGUUCUAUGCUAGAGCAUGCCCUUUUAGUGCACAUGCAGCCCCACAUUUCAAUGCCUUAGCUAGAUCUUACCCAAAUAUUAAAAUGGUUGCAUUAGAUGCAUUAAGGCAUCAUGGGAUUAAUGCGCAGUAUGGUAUUGUUGGUGUUCCAACAUUGAAGAUGUUUCACAAUGGCCGACCAGUUGGCAAGUUUAAUGGAACUGAGUACAAUAUUCAUUUAUUCAGUAAAUUUGUCAAUGCUAUAACAGGACAGAAUCCUCAAGGCCUAUUGGUGAUGUCUAAAGACUUCCAAGGACCAGUAUCAAGUACAGCGGAAAAGGAAACAGAUUUCUUCCUCAUAUUGUCAUGGUUGUUUAUUGUUGUGUGCUCAAUAUAUUACUUUAUGGAAUCAAAGUGGUGGACAAUGAUUGUUGAGAUGGUGCAAAAUAAUUGGAGAGAGUCAGUCGCUCAACAUGAACAUAAUGACUGAGACUGUUCACAUUUAAGAUUAAUUAUAAAUGGUGUAUAGGUAUUAUAUCUUAUAUAAAUA